CAUUUCAGGACAUACCAUCAACUUCUCCAAACAUCCCAAUGCACGGUUAUUAUGGACCCCCAUCCGCAGACAUACCAUCAACUUCUCCAAACAUCCCAAUGCAUGGUUACUAUGGACCAGUGCCUACGUGGUCACCGGGUUUUCUCCCAUUUCCCGCUGUCAACCAAUAUCCAAGCAAUGUACAGAAUGCUAGUUACACAUUUCAACAUGGCAUGGAAAGCCAGUUGUCUCUCAGCAAUACCUAUGUUACAAGCAGAUUUCUGGGUACGGAGGAUAAUAGACCCUCAGUUGGGGAAACUGAAUCGCCAGCUACAUCUUCUAGAGUUGAAGAAAUUCAUCCUGAUAGACCAGAUGCAGAAGAAAUCAAGUGUGGUAGUGCCAGAACAUCAGAGAAAGUGCAAAUGGAUGGUGAUGAUGAGCCAGUUUCGGGGAUGGAGUUUAAUUCCUUAGAAGAUUUAAUGAGUUAUUAUGAGGAAUAUGGUCAAAAACGCGGAUUUGGGGUGAUGACAAAAAGGAGUGAGAGGGGAGAGGAUCAAACUGUUAGAUAUGUCACCAUUGCCUGUGCCCGUGGAGGCAAGGCCCGGAAUAGGACUAUAAAUGUCGCCAACCCACGUCUGACAGGAAAGACGAAAUGUAAGGCAAAAAUUAAUGCGUUAAAAGUUGUUGAUGGAAAGUUUCGGCUGACUACAAUUCACAAUAUCCACAACCACAGAGUUUCGGGUCUCUUGUUGUUGGCAUGGGAGGUUUUGAGAACCUCCCAUUUUUGGAAAAAGGAUUGCCGUAACUACAUCGACAAGGCACGACAUCUACGACUGAGCGUAGGUGGUGAGGGAGCGCUUCGAGACUACUUUUUACGGAUGCAAUUUAACAAUCUGGGGUUCGUUGCACUAAUGGACUUGGAUGAUGAAGGGAGGUUAAAAAAUAUAUUCUGGGCAGACCCCCGUAGUAGAGUAGUAGCCUACCAAUAUUUCGGAGAUGUCGUAACAUUCGACACCACAUACUUGACGAACCGAUAUGGGAUGCCCUUUGCGUCAUUUGUUGGUGUAAACCACCAUGGGCAGUCAAUUUUGUUGGGAGCUGCCUUGAUUUCCUCUGAGGAUACUGAGACUUUCGUGUGGUUAUUCCAAACAUGGUUGCAGUGUAUGGAUGGUAUAGCGCCGAAGGCUAUUAUCACUGACCAAGAUAGAGCCAUGAAAAAUGCAAUUGCAAUAGUUUUCCCAGAAAGCCGACAUAGAUUUUGCCUGUGGCAUAUCUUAAAGAAAGUCUCUGAAAGGCUUGGCUGUUAUAGUUCUUACAAAACUGGAAUGAAAACUGCACUGAUAAAAUCUGUAUAUGAUACCCAAACGCCAGAUGAGUUUGAAAAAUAUUGGAAUCAGUUGAUUAGCACGUACAGCUUGCAUGAGAAUGUCUGGUUGCAGAGUUUAUACACUGAGCGUGAGCAUUGGGUACCGGCAUUCUUGAAGAAUGUUUUUUGGACUGGAAUGAGUAUAAUGCAGCGGAGAGAGAGCAUGAAUGCCUUUUUUGAUGGGUAUGUUCAUGCUUAUACAAACUUGAAAGAGUUUGUCGAUCAGUAUGAUAAUGCCUUGAAAAAGAAGAUUGAGAACGAAAAUUGUACGGACUUCCAAGAAGUUCAACAGCAACUUACUGGCAUUAUCGACUUGGACCCAGUUUUACUGAAAGUGGAUGCUACAGUCAAGACCUAUCUGGUAGAGGAUGAAGUUCAUGUCGAAGAUUUCACUAAGCUGGUUACACAUUCAGUGGAUUUUAGUGAGGACGAUGCAGUCGCCAAGUGUACUUGUGGUUUAUUUGAAAUGAGGGGGAUAGUGUGCCGGUACAUCUUCGCCGUCUUCAAAUGUAACGGGAUUAAGACAAUCCCAGAUAGGUACAUUUUGGAUCGAUGGAGGAAGGAUAUCAAAAGAAGAUAG